CAUUAGUCUGUUUUUCUUAAUUUCUCUUCGCUUGUGAAUUUUUAAGUCGUACGUGAUGAGGUUUCUUAAAUUUUUGAGUUGGGUGUAGAUCUGUGAUGCUUAGUUCUUCAUAUUUUGUUAUGGGUAUUGCUGGAUCGAAGGCUUUAUUUAGUUUUUACCUCUAAAUUUUGUUAAUCUUGAUGAAGAUAAUGCCUCGGUUGAGUUUUGCUAGUCGCCGUGCAAUCCGAGAUCAGUCAACCAUAUGGAUUAGUUGUGCUUAGAUAGGAGGAAAAUUGGGAUUGAGUGAGUUCUUGAAAGUGUUUUGAGAGCUCUGUUUAUGUAAUCUGUGGAAGACUUGUAGUAGAAUGAUAAUUUGUUCCUCAGAUCUGCUGCCGGCCCUCCUCUUCUGCGCUGAGCCCCAAUUUCAUGCCCCAGCUCACGAAUCUGGGGCAUUUCUUCUUCAAAUCCCAUAGUUCUUUCCUUGUGUUCUUUUGGACAUUCUUCUUCAGACGCUAAAUUUCUUAAGUCAUGUCUCAGAGGUUAUUGACAAAGAUUUAGCGGUGAAAAUAACUUCUACACUUUCCGUUUAAUCUAUGUUUGGAAAUGCAGUGGCAGUUCCUGCCAAUAGUCCUCAUUUAAGAAAGUCUGGAAGCAGACCUGUAGUAUCUGAUUUGGAAUAUUUGUCUGGUACUGAGACAGGAAAUGGUGUGGACGAAACUCCCUUGCAUUCAAGGGAGGCAGAUGAUUUGAAGAGUACCAUAUUAACAAUGAAUCCUACAGCCAUAGUUCCAUCUCCUAUUUUGUUAUGGAGAUUCAAGGUUUUCUUGUUCAUCUUAUGGGGUUUAUUUUGUUGCAAGAUUGGCUGGGAUUCUGUUAUGAGAAUGAGUGUAGACUUGCGAGACCUAUUUCUCUACGAGGCAUUUCUGUAUUAUAAUCCUCUUCUUUUGGUGACUAUGAUGGUUUGGUUCUGGGGAAUUAACUUAUGGGUUUUUUCCCAAUCGAAUGUUAAUCAUGCAAAAAUAUUUGAACUUGAUCAAAAUCAUCUUACACACCGAGAAAUUUGGAAGUGUGCCACAUGGAUGACUAUUGUUGUCCCCACGAGCAUGACAGCGUAUCUCUAUCUUUAUUCUCAUGGGGAAGUAUCACUAGCUGCAUCACAACCAGUUCUCUUAUAUGUCGCUGUUGUGAUGAUUUUGGUUUUCCCUUUUGAAAUAUUUUACUUGUCAUCUCGAUAUUUCUUAUUAAGGACUCUUUGGCGAAUAGUUUUCCCGUUGCAGGCAAUUACAUUUGCUGACUUUUUCGUAGCUGAUAUACUGACGUCAAUGUCAAAGGUGUUUUCUGAUUUGGAAAGAUCAGUGUGUCGAAUGAUUCACCGACAGGUUGCCACCAUUGCAUGGUUCGAAGCUGAUUCCGUCUGUGGAAGUCACUCUGUUGCGAUCCCCGUGGUUCUUGUUUUGCCUUAUCUUUUUCGUUUGUUCCAAUGUCUCCGACAAUACAAGGACACAGGAGAAAAAACAACACUUUUGAAUGCUCUAAAAUAUUCAACAGCAGUACCGGUCAUUUUUCUUUCUGCCCUUAAAUACCAUGUCUUCCCUGAUAGAUGGACCAACUUUUAUCGGCCCCUUUGGCUGCUGUCUAGUGUUCUAAACUCUUCAUACUCAUUUUACUGGGAUGUCAAACGAGAUUGGGACUUGAGCACUUUCACUCGGAUUUUCAAGUUCAACCGACCGCACUUCUUCUCGCAUCUCUUGUAUGGGCGGAAAUGGGUAUACAUUUGGGUGCUGGGAAGUAAUCUGAUAUUGCGGUGUACAUGGACGUAUAAGUUAUCGGCUCAUCUUCGCCACAAUUACCUUACGGUGUUCACUAUCACGGCGUUAGAGAUCUUCCGAAGAUUCCAGUGGAUUUUCUUCCGAGUCGAAAACGAGUGGAACAAGAUGAACUCGAAGACGAACAUACAAAUUACGUCGAGUAAUCUCCCAACCGAAGAAGACAAGUUACUUAACUCCAGUAACCAUAGUGUUUAAAAUUGUUGAGUGGCAAUUGAUUUUUGCAUUAUUGAGGCAUAUGGUGGGUGUAUGGUAUUAUGUGGAUGAAUGCCAUUUGUUUUGUUUUGAAUAAUUGUUGUCAUUAAUCUUAUGAGAAGGGUCUCUUUGCCAUCACAGAUGGAUUAGCCUUUUAAUGUCUUUUGAUGGCACCUCUAUGGAUACCCCCUCAUUUUUUAAGGUUUCAAAACUAGUAAGUUUGAACUUUUAUUUCUAUU